AGCCGACCGCAGGGCAGGGAGGGCGGCGGCGUGCGGCAUGGGUCCUCGCCGCCGGCUUCGCUGAGUCUCGCAGGUCCGGGCUGCCCACCGCGGGCCCGCAGCGGCGGCGUCAUGAAGGGCGCCCUGGGGAGCCCGGUGGCCGCCGCGGGCGCCGCGAUGCAGGAGACGUUCGGCUGCGUCGUGGCCAAUCGCUUCCACCACCUGCUGGACGACGAGUCGGACCCAUUCGACAUCCUACGCGAGGCCGAGCGCUUUUUUUCGAGCGGGGCCCUCCGCGGUGGCAGGAGCCCGGCCGGGGCCUCGGGCCACCGAGCUGGCGCGGGCGGCCGCAGGGAGUCCCAGAAGGAGCGCAAGAGCCUCGCGACGCCCAGCGCACAACAGCCAGACAGCCCAGGGGGCGGACCGCAGCCUCCGGGCCAGAAGCGGAUUACCAGAAGAGGGGAGCAGCAAGGAUGGAAUGACAGCCGGGGGACAGACGUGGCACUAGAUAGAGCAGAGCGGAGGUCCUACAGGGAAUAUCGGCCUUAUGACACCGAGAGGCAGGCGGACUUGACAGAUGAAAAACCAGCUGAGAGGUUUGAUCGAGACAGACCACUAAGAGGACGUGGAGGCCCCAGAGGAGGCCUGAGGAGCAGAGGCCGAGGUGGUCCUGGGAACAGAGCUUUUGACUUCUUUGACCAGCGAGGGAAACGAGAUUUUGAAAGAUACAGUGGCAAUGAUAGAGCAGCAAACAGACUUGAGGACAGCAUGGUUGGCUGUGGUGUUCGCCCCUGGGGAUCAGGUAAAGACAGUGACACAGAGCCAACUGCACCCAUGGAAGAGACCUUGGUGAUGGAGGAGUCUCAGGGCGCCCUGGAUGAGGAUUCAGCCAAAGCUCCUGAGUUGGAAGUAGAGGAAGAAGCUCAAGUCCAAGAAAUGACCUUAGACGAGUGGAAAAACCUUCAAGAACAAACCAGACCAAAGCCCGAGUUCAACAUCCGGAAGCCAGAAUCCACAGUUCCUUCCAAGGCAGUGGUGAUUCACAAGUCCAGAUACAGAGAUGAUAUGGUGAAGGAUGACUAUGAGGACGAGUCUCACAUCUUCAGGAAAGCCGCCAAUGACAUCACAUCACAGCUAGAGAUUAACUUUGGUAACCUCCCUCGUCCUGGACGGGGAGCCAGAGGCGGCACCCGGGGAGGCCGAGGAAGGAUCAGAAGGGCAGAGAACUAUGGCCUCCGAGCAGAAGUGGUGACCCAAGAUGUGGCUCCCAAUCCAGAUGACCCUGAGGACUUCCCCGCCCUGGUCUGAUGUCCACUCCCCUGCAGCAGAGCAGCACUAUGAAGACUUCCCUUGCCGCAAGAAGAGUCAGACUCUAAGAACAAUAGAUGUUGCUUUUCCUGUGUCCUGUGAAUUUGUUGUACUUUCUUGCUCUGUGGGGUAGAGGGUUUCUCCAGGGGCACAAGAGCAAACACCCCAUGAGUUCAGACACUUUCUCUUAUAAGGAAUUCCAAAAUGAAGUUCAGGAACGUUUCAAAUGUGUACAUAAAUUGUAUGGAACCCUUUACCAAAGUACAGAGUAAAGCAAGCUACAACACUUGAGACAACUUAACAAUGUCUAGCUGUUAGGAAUUGUCUAAACAAGUCUUUUACCAUCACAGGACAUAUGUAGAACUUGAACUAUUCCUUUAAACAGUCACAGCCUAGUUUUCAGACUGUUCACUUGUAAUCAUUAAGUUAAACUCUGCUGAGAAACUU